AUGGUAGCAUUGAGUGGACUGUUGAUUAAAGGAUGUUAUGCUAUUACGCGUCUUGAACUAAUUGACUGUUUUCUAGACGCCAAGAGUAUUGGUACACUAGUCGCUAAUACUGCAGUUUCCAAGUCAUUACGUGAAUUAUGCUUAGAUUUUAACGAGAUUGGUGAAAGUGGUUGUCGUGUAAUGUGUAAUGGUUUAGCCAAAAGUCGUUUUCUUGUUCAUCUAAGUUUGUGUUUCUGUGGCCUUACAAAACAGUGCGGUUUAUGGCUUGGAAAUCUAGUCGCAGAAACUGCAAUCAGGGAACUUAUUUUAGACGGUAAUUAUCUAGAAGCUGAAGGUACAAUAGCUCUACUUAGUCGACUGUCGGAUGCUGCAGACAAAGAAGGAUUUGAACGUGCUGAAGAAAUAAGGAAAAAGCAAUUAGCUGUAGAGGAGGCUAAAAAACGAAACAGGAUCAAUUUAGACGCAUUGCCUCCAGCCGAAGGAGAACCAGAUGAAAAUACUGAGCCACCUGCCCAGCCUCCGUCUUCACCCCCAACACCAUCAAGUAAGACAAACUCGGCAAAAAGUUCUAAAAAGAAAAAGAAAAAGUCAUCUAAAUUGGGUAGACGGCUCAAAAAAGGUAAAGGUAGAUAUCAGGUACCUCCAGCUGGUCCACAAAUUUCUGUGCUUAAAUUAUCCGGGAAUAAGAUUGAUCAUAAUGGUCGAGGUGGGAAUUUCGCUCCAGUUAGGUGUAUGCAACUGUUAAAAAGUAUAAUAUCACACAGUAAAGAUUUUCAAGAAAUUGAUUUAUUCGGUAAUGAUAUUGGUGAUCUUGCAGCUAGACAAAUUUUAGAAGGUAUACUGUUUCGAAAAGAUGCUAAACUACCACAAAUCGGUGUACGUAUUGAUUAUCGUAUUAAUCAGGAUACAUUUGAUAUGGUGCAUAGAUUAGCACCUGGUCCAAAGAAGAAAAAGGGUAAAGGGAAGAAAGGUAAAUAA